AGCGCAGAGCAGACCCGUCGAGCAUGCACUUGUUGAAGGAACAAAGGAAACAGAAAGUGGAGAACUCUGCCCCAUAUAACAUUCACCACUUGAUGUUGUUGGGGAGCCGUACACAUGGUUCCGCCCCCAAGUUGCAUCACCACCAGUGCGGGAACCAUCUUUCCCCAGGCCGGUGGUGGUCUGCGUGGGUCUUACCAGUAUAUUUGCUUGAAGAACGACCACUGCAUACACGCCUACCAUCGACCUUGGCGCUUUGGCCUCGCAUCUUCGCAGCGGAAAGCUUUUGAGAUGCGCCGGAAUGGGCCUCAACGAACGCCUGCGCGCUGCGCUCGAUGCUCGACAGGCAAAGGACACGCUCCGGCGUUUGACUCGCUUCGAUGAUCCUACCCACGAGGACAUUGCCGAAGCGCAAUUGCUUCAUGGGCGAGCGCUGUCCGCAGAAGGGAGGGGAAAAAAACUCUGGACUGACUUCUCGUCCAAUGACUACCUGUCUUUUGCCACGGCUCCGGCGAUGAGGCACGAUUUCAUGCGGAGAAUGCAACAGUACGAGCGCGAUCAUCCGAAUCAACCCUUAACUGGAAGCUCUGGCAGCCGCUUGCUUGACGGAAACAAUGUCCUGGCGGAGGAGGUCGAACUCGCAAUCGCCUCACACUUCCAUUCUGAAUCAGCAUUGCUGUUCAACACUGGAUUUUCGGCGAAUGCGUCUCUCCUAGCCGUUUUACCCAAAGAAGGCGACUUGGUGCUAUACGACGAGCUGGUACACGCAAGCAUGCACGAUGGAAUUCGCAAAAGCCGCGCGCGGUCGCUCGCAUUUGGGCACAACGACAUGCACCACCUCGAUCAGCUGUUGCGCCAAGAAAGAGCAGCACAUGUACCGUGCUCUUCGACGGCGCGCACGGUCUUUAUUGCUGUCGAGUCCGUGUACAGCAUGGAUGGAGACAUGUGUCCGCUCCCGAGCCUGUGCGAUACCGUGGCACGACACGUUCCGCGCGAGAAUCGCUGCCUCAUUGUCGAUGAGGCGCAUGGAGUGGGCGUCUACGGCGAGAACGGAAAAGGCUGUACUGUUGGGUUAGGGCUAGAAGACGCCGUAGAUAUCCGACUCGCAACAUUUGGCAAAGCAUUAGGCUGCUCAGGCGCGGCAGUACUGUGCUCGGAGCUCGUCAAGGCUUUUCUUCUGAACUACGCGAGGCCAUUGAUCUACUCGACCGCGUUGCCGCCCAGUGCCCUUCUCUCCAUACAAGCCGCGCUACAUGCGCUCGUCACGCCCCUGCACGCCGAGAAUCAACGCCGCGUGUUAGACAACGCUGCUCUUCUCCACCAGUUGUUGCAUGGCCAUGCUGCGCCUCCGCUCCCAUCUGCCUGCGCACAUCAUCACUCAUCGCUCAGCUACCCUUCGCCGAUCGUCCCACUUCUGUCUCCUCGACCUAAAGCACUCGCCGCGUUCCUGCAGCAAGAGGGCCGCAUGAUCGUGCGCGGCAUCACUUACCCGACCGUGCCCAAAGGCCAAGAUCGCGUGCGCAUAUGCGUACAUGCGAGCAAUACCGAGGAGGACAUCCGCGCACUCGCACACUUGAUACACGAUUGGAGAAGGAAGGAAAAUGGAUCACUUUGCCCAAGUGUUGCUGCGCGUCCGGCGGACACUGAAACGCGCCAUGAGCACACGGCGCGGUUCCACGCUUUGCCGAUGCAAGCUCGGCCUCAGGGAAAUGUCACUGCCAAGUUGUGAGGGAGCCAACGACGUGUACAAUCACUCGCUGUAGAAUUCGUCUAUAUGCGAAAGGUGAUCUGUUCGCUGCGUAUGCAAACUAUUGAGGUUAAAAGCAAUGUAGGGAGGGCAUUGCGGCGAAAUAAUACCAUGGCCGUUUACGCA